AUAUUGGAAAAAAAUGUCUGCAGUUAACACGUGAGCAGGAAACUUAGUCACAUUGUCGCGUGUGCUUGAACUGAAAAAGAAUAAAUACAUGUGGAAAUUGUAUUGAAAAGAUUUCCCGUCAAGUGCUCAGUGUCAAUUGAACUUGUAUUUACGUGACUAAUAGGUAGAGAGGCGAAGCGUACAACACUCGUUACCAAUUUACUGCCCUUAUAUUAUCGUCCAACGUUUUGUAUGUGUCAUCAAGCUAUUUUGGAUAUAUUGAUAUUAAAUUGUGAUGGAGGAAGCAGUUUGCAUCAAUGAUUACGGUCAAGGUUGUGCAAGUGAUGGAAACGUUGAUUUUGAGACCGAUCAGCUAGUCAACAUGGAUAUGAACCUGGAAAGGUUUGAUGGUUCAAUGUUGGAGCUUGACGAGGAAGACUUGUCUGAAAUCCACCGCAUGGUGGAUGAGUGGGAAUUCAAUUUCGGUGCAUUAGAGAGUUCUGAUGGAGAGGAAUUAAUGAAACUAAUUCAAAUUGAAAAUCCUAGCCAGUUUGACUGGCCUUGUCAUCUUGGGGAUGUAAGCCCAAGCUCUAGCAACAAUACCAAUGCAAACUGGGGGAAUACAGACGAGCUGCACGAUCGCUUGCCGUCCUAUUAUACGGCAUUGGCUCCGUCUCGUUCAGCCCCUUGGAUACCCCCCUCGUCGCAGCUAGUCUUUAAUAAGUUGCCGGCCUACAUCACAGACAUGGCCCCACUCGAUGUUGCAGUUAUAAGCGACAAUGCUUGUGGGUCUGUGGGUCAACCGGGUAAAAAGAAACUUAAUUUGGCCGAAUACCGCACCCGUCGCGAGAAACAACUCCAACAAAUGCAAGAAGAGGAAGAGCAACAACAACAACAACAGCAAAAACAAGAAGACGAAGAUAAAGAAAAACAGGAAAUUGAGAAAAAAGAUGACGUAAAAAGGGUCAAAGUCCAAAUGGAUAAAAUGCAGUGCCAUACGAAACAACAUCGACAAGCCAAAGAGGUCAAAGAUGAACCGGAAGAAGGUGAAGUUGAAGAGGAAGAAGUGAAAGAAAAACAACAACAACCAGUUGCAUCAAUAGUCAAAAGUCGAAGGAUCAGAUCAUCUCGCUCACCAACUCGUUCUUAUUCUUCCCAUUCAUCAUCCAGUAGACGAUAUCGUUCCAGCUCGACAUCCUCCUAUUCGAGCCGUUCGAGAUCGCGUUCCCCGUCACAUCGUCGCGGUAGGAGAAGAAGACGAUCGUCAUCGAAUUCUUCGUCCUCUUCGUCAUCUUGGCAUCGAAAGAGCCGACGCAACAACAGCCGGAGACACGGCGGCCGGCGACGACGGACGCCGACACCUCCGCCUCGAUUGAGUACCCGUGGGGGGUACAGCGAUCGAAGCCAACAGCGACGCCACCAGCAGCAACAACAACAACAAACGGAGCGUCAGCGACAGAUUGAGGAGAGACGCGUGAUUUACGUGGGGAAAUUAGCCGACGGCACGACGCGGUCGGAUCUGCGCCAGCGGUUCGAACCGUUUGGUCCUGUGGUCGACAUAAGUCUACACUUUCGAGAACGAGGGGAUAAUUACGGGUUUGUGACGUUUGCGUACAAAGUGGACGCCUAUGAAGCGGUGGAACACGGCAACGACGACCCUCACCUGCCCAAAUACGAUUUGAGCUUUGGUGGCCGACGGGCAUUCUGCAAAGAGACUUAUGCCGAUUUGGAUGCGGUUGACGAUGAUGGUCGUUCCAAGGCCAAUGACGUGGAUUUUGAGACAUUGUUGAGGGCCGUCCAGGUUCAACUGACCCGCCGUCCUUGCUCUUGACACUGGGCUAUUAUUCACCUGCACGAAAUUACUCUUUUCUCUUUCUUUCUUAUUCCUCUUCGUGUGGGCGCCUCUCUCUCAUCUUCUACGUUGUUUCGUCACAACAAUCAAUCCGCGCCUCUUGUCAUCACGCGAAACACAACACAGAACCGCCGGAACAAAAUCAGUUUUCCUCUUCAACAUCCAUUCAUUUUUUUGUUUUUUUUUGUUUUCACCUUGUUUUCUUUCUCGUUCAUCCACCCGAGUACCACGCGUCUGUCUCUCUCUCUCUCUUAAUUGUCUAUUCGAAACGGAUGAAAGAAUGGCGUCGUUGCUUCAGUUAGUAGUGCAGUCACACAUCAACCCAAGUGCCUCUCUGUUCGUUUUGAUGAGCAUAAAUUGACCCCUACCCCUCAUUUUUUUUUUCUCUUCCUCUCCUGUGUUUUCUUUCGUUCACUAACUAACAGCGGUUGAUGGGGUAAAUUGUGAAAACAACGAUCGUUUAGCUUCUCUUUUAUUUUCUGGGUGGCUAUCGUUAAUUUUCAAAUUGUGAUGCUUUUGUUUCCGGGUUGGAAAUUUCAAUGGCUUCAGUUGUGUCAGGUAUAGAAGCUCAUCUUUUUCCUUAAAAAAAAACAAUUGAAUUUUUUUUUUCUUGUGAGAGGAGGAGGAAUGAAGAAAACAGGUCAAACGUGUGUGUUGAAUCGAGCGUCAUACAAACAAAAGAAAAACAAAAAAAAUACACUCAAGGAAGUUGCUGAUA